AGCCAUGCUUCCUGUACAGCCUGCAGAACUGUGGCCUCGCUGGAUGCGGUGGUGAGCGUGCUGCAUUCGUGGGACCUGAGCCUCACAGAGGCCAUGCUGCAGAACAUGGAGGCAGAGCAGCAGCGCCGGGCCCAGGAGGCCCAGCGGCACAAGGAGGCCGAGGCUGAGUGCAUGACACUCAAGGUCCAACAGCUGGCCAGGGAGCAGCAACAGUGUCACAAGGAGCUGCAGCAGGCCUACUGCGAGCUGAGCCGGAGGAUCUCGGAGCACGACCAGUGUGAGUGGAGGCGCAUGGACAAGAUGGAGCUGACACUGCAGGCCAUCAAGGAUGCAGAGGACCAGGUGGACAGGCUGCAGCAGGAGGCCCGGAAGGCUGAGGAGGCGCUGGCUCUGGCCAGGCUGGUGCUGCGGGAACAGACGCAGGACGGGGAAGAAGAGGCGCAGGGGCUGAAGUGCCAGGUCACGGAGCUGCACGACGUGCUGAUGAAGGACGUGGGCAACCGCAUCCAAGCGGACGGCCGGUGGCCUCUCGUCAUUGACCCUUCAGGCCAGGCAGCUACCUUCCUGCGCUACCAGGACACCAAUUACGUGGACACAGUAAACCCAGAGCACCUGAGGCCGGAGAGGAUGCGACUGGCUCUUCUGGGGGCUCUGCGGUACGGGAAGCCGCUGGUGUUCGACCUGCACGAGGUGGACCUGUUCCCAGCCGUGCAGCGGCAGCUGGAGGCGGUGCAGCCCGGCCUGGCCCAGGCGCUGCUGAGCCGUGGCCUGCUGGAGCAGGAGAGGUACCUGUCGCUGCUGCGGCCCACGGACGGGCCUGAGUACAGCCCCACGCAGUUCCAGGAGGCGCGCCUGGAGCACUUCCGCCUCUUUUUCGUCACCAAGGCCCAGUGGCCACCAGCUGAGCAGCUGCAGGUGCUGCUCCCGGUGCGAGUGCAGCUCCCGGGCACAGGCCUCUAGCGCUGGCUCCAACCCCAAUAAAGUGUGUGCCCGGGGGCGUGGUGCCCUCUGUGCUGUGUGUGUGAGGGGCAGGGGCGGCGUGUGCAGUCCU